GCAGUGGGGCAGCAUCAGUUGGCACUCAACCUCCAGAGCACCGUCCCGGCCUUGGCACUGGCACUGGCACGCGCUAUGGCAAGUGAAGUGCAAGUCCUGCUCCCCCCGCUGAAAGGGGGGCAUCCUCCUGCAGUAAAGGCUGGAGGAAUGCGCAUUCCCAAGAAACAAGAAAUUGGUGUCAUGGAGAGACAUACCAAAAAAACAGGAUUAGAGAAAACAAGUACCAUUGCAAGUGUUGCCAAACUCCAGGCCAUGGAUACUCUGAAUGACACACUGGAGAAGCUCAGCCAUAAAUUUCCAGCAGUGGUGCACAUGGCACAUCAAAAACCCAGACCUGCUCUGGAGAAGGUCACUCCACUGAAAAGGAUCUACAUUAUUCAGCAGCCUCGAAAAUGUUAAGCUGGGACAUAAAACACAGCCGUUUGGCCAACUGCCUGCAACAUCUGACAGCUUAGCAAAAAGGACCAAAACUUUCCAUAGGCCUAGUGCCCUCCCUUGGUAAAUAAAACUGCUUUUGUAUCUUCUCUUUUUGACUUUAGAUAAUAAAGCAUCCAAAAUUAUAAAUACA